CCAGCGUCGCCGCCAUCGUCUGUGCCGCGUCCCUAGCUCUGCAAAGGACAGGCCUCGCUCCAAGAUCCCGGUGGAUUUCUGAGGUGCCAGGAUGGUGGGGGAACUCCGCUACAGGGAAUUCAGGGUGCCUCUGGGGCCUGGCUUGCAUGCCUAUCCUGAUGAGCUGAUCCGCCAGCGAGUGGGUCACGAUGGACAUCCUGAGUACCAGAUCCGCUGGCUCAUCCUCCGGCGUGGGGAUGAUGGGGAAGGGGACUCGAGUCAAGCAGACUGCAAGGCUGAGCACAUCCUGCUAUGGAUGUCCAAUGAUGAGAUCUAUGCCAACUGUCACAAGAUGCUGGGCGAGAACGGCCAGGUUAUCGGUCCCUCCCAGAAGUCUGCAGGGGAGGUUGGGGCCCUGGACAAAUCUGUGCUGGGGGAGAUGGAAACCGAUGUGAAGUCCCUUAUUCAGAGGGCCCUUCGGCAGCUGGAGGAGUGUGUGGGUGCCAUUCCUCCUGCUCCUCUGCUUCACACUGUCCAUGUGCUCAGCGCCUAUGCCAGCAUCGAGCCCCUCACUGGGGUGUUCAAGGACCCAAGGGUCCUGGACUUGCUCAUGCACAUGUUAAGUAGUCCUGAUUAUCAGAUUCGCUGGAGCGCAGGCCGGAUGAUACAAGCCCUGUCCUCCCAUGAUGCUGGUGAGGAGCAGUGUGGGGAGGAAGGGAAAGCAGGAGAGGGGCUGGGUCGGCUCAGGGACUCACAGGACACUGUGCCAGAAGCCUCUGACCUCAUCAGGACCCGGACUCAGAUCCUUCUGUCACUGAGCCAGCAAGAGGCCAUUGAGAAACACCUGGAUUUUGACAGCCGCUGUGCUCUGCUAGCACUGUUUGCACAGGCCACACUCUCUGAACAUCCCAUGUCUUUUGAGGGCAUUCAGCUGCCACAGGUCCCAGGAAGGCUGCUUUUCUCCCUGGUAAAGCACUAUUUGCAUGUCACCUCCCUGCUGGAUCAGCUGAACGACAGUGCUGUGGGACCAGGUGCCCAGAACAACUCUGCUCCCGAGGAGCUGAGUGGUGAGAGGGGUAGGCUGGAGUUGGAGUUCAGUAUGGCCUUGGGCACCCUCAUCUCUGAGCUGGUGCAGGCCAUGCGCUGGGACCAGGCUUCAAGACCAGGGAGCUCGGUCCGGUGCCCCUGUUCCAUCUUCCAGCCAGCAGAUGCAGACCCAGGGCUCCAAUCUGCCCAGGCGCGGCCCUCCCUGAGGAGGUCAAGGCAGUUUCGCCCUCGCUCUGAGUUCGCAAGUGGCAAUACCUAUGCCUUGUAUGUUCGGGACACGCUGCAGCCAGGGAUGCGAGUGCGGAUGCUGGAUAAUUACGAGGAGAUCAGUGCUGGGGACAAGGGUGAGUUCCAGCAGAGCAACAAUGGCGUGCCCCCUGUGCAGGUGUUGUGGGAAUCAACAGGCCGCACCUAUUGGGUACACUGGCACAUGCUGGAGAUCUUGGGCUUUGAGGAAGACGUUGAGGACAUGAUUGAGGCUGAUGAGUACCAGAGGGCUGUGGUCAGUGGAGCCCUGGGUGGAGCCCUGCCCUCCUGGCGCUGGAAGCCCAUGACAGAGCUUUAUGCCAUGCCUUACGUGCCACCUGAGGAUGAGGACACUGAAGAGAGUGAACACCUGACCCAGGCUGAGUGGUGGGAGCUCCUCUUCUUCAUCAAGAAGCUGGAUGGACAUGACUAUCAAGAGGUUCUACAGAUCCUCCAGGAGAACCUGGAUGGGGAGAUUCUGGAUGAUGAGAUCCUGGCUGAGCUGGCUGUGCCUAUGGAGUUGGCCCAGGACCUGCUGCUGGCUCUGCCACAGAGACUCAAUGACAGUGCUCUCAGGGACCUGCUCAACUGCCGUGUCUACAGGAAAUAUGGGCCCGGGGCCCUGACAGGGCAGCCACCCUACCAAUCCCUUCUAGAAGCCUACCAAGAUGCCCUCCUACUGGAAGCCCAGGAAUCAGAUAAUGAAACCAGAGUGGAAUCAAAAGAACUCCCAUCUCAGAGCCCCAACACUCCCCUACAGUGUCUGGUGGAGGGUUAUGGUCCGGCUGGGAAAAUCCUCCUGGAUCUGGAGCAAGCCCUCAGCUUGGAGGGGAACCGGGAGAACGAGGUCAAGCCAGUCCUGCUGCGGCUGCAGCGGCAGCCCCAGACCUUCCUUACACUGAUGUGGAGCCUGGAUACUCCAGCAGCAACCCACAGGGCCCUGCACCUGACCGUUUUGAGAAUCCUGAUGCAGCUGGUGGACUUCCCUGAGGCACUGCUGCUCCCCUGGCAUGAGGCCAUGGAUGCUUGCAUGGCCUGCCUGCGGUCCCCAAACACCAACCGAGAGGUGCUCCAGGAACUGAUCUUCUUCCUGCAUCGUCUGACCUCUGCAAGCAGGGACUAUGCUGUGGUACUCAAUCAGCUGGGAGCCCGAGAUGCUAUCUCCAAGGCCCUGGAGAAGCACCUGGGAAAGCUGGAGCUGGCUCAGGAGCUGCGAGACAUGGUGUUCAAGUGUGAGAAGCACGCUCACCUCUACCGGAAACUCACUACCAACAUCCUGGGAGGCUGCAUCCAGGUCAGGAGGAAGGGCAGAGGGAAGCUUGUGGGUUCUGAGCUGCAUAUGAAUAUGAAGCCUGAGCAGUGGCAGGGAAGGGGACACGUUCCUGAAUCAGAACAGCAGGUGACUAGUGAACCUGGGGGCAUUUGUUCCCUGCCCUGCUCUGCCAGUGUUGUGGAGAAAGUCCCACCUGCUUUUUUCCCCAUACAUUUUUCCGUGUGUCUCUCCACGUUCCUCCCUCUCCCCUUCCCUCUGAUAUUCCGCCUGCAGAUGGUGCUAGGCCAGAUUGAAGACCACAGACGAACCCACCGGCCCAUCAAUAUCCCUUUCUUUGAUGUUUUCCUCAGAUAUCUAUGCCAGGGCUCCAGUGUAGAAGUGAAGGAGGACAAGUGCUGGGAGAAGGUGGAGGUGUCCUCCAACCCACACCGGGCCAGCAAGCUGACAGACCGCAACCCCAAGACCUACUGGGAGUCCAAUGGCAGCGCUGGAUCCCACUACAUCACCUUGCACAUGCACCAGGGCAUCCUGGUCAGGCAGCUGAUUCUGCUGGUGGCCAGCGAGGACUCGAGCUACAUGCCAGCCCGGGUGGUGGUGUAUGGGGGUGACAGCACCAGCUCUCUUAACACGGAACUCAACUCGGUGAAUGUGAUGCCCUGUGCUAGCCGGGUGAUCCUCCUGGAGAACCUGAACCACUUCUGGCCCAUCAUCCAGAUCCGCAUAAAGCGCUGCCAGCAGGGCGGCAUCGACACACGCAUUCGGGGGUUAGAAGUCCUGGGCCCCAAGCUUAUGUUCUGGCCAGUGUUCCGGGAGCAGUUGUGUCGCCACACUCGCCUCUUCUACAUGGUUCGGGCACAGGCCUGGAGUCAGGACAUCGUGGAGGACCGCAGGAGCCUCUUGCACCUGAGUUCUAGACUCAAUGAGGCUCUGCGCCAGGAGCAGAAUUUUGCUGAUCACUUCCUCCCUGAUGAUGAGGCUGCCCAAGCACUGGGCAAGACCUGCUGGGAGGCCCUGGUCAGCCCCCUGGUGCAGAACAUCACCUCACCCGAUGAGGAUGGCAUCAGCCCCCUCGGCUGGCUGCUGGACCAGUACCUGGAGUGUCGGGAGGCUGCCCACAACCCUCAGAGCCGCUCAGCAGCCUUUUCCUCGCGGGUGCGCCGCCUCACCCACCUGCUGGUGCACGUUGAGCCCUGUGGGGCAUCCCCUCUGGUGGUGGCCACUCCUCGGCCCAAGGGCAGGAACAGAAGCCACGACUGGAGCUCCUUGGCUACCCGGGGCCUUCCCAGCAGCAUCAUGAGGAACCUGACCCGCUGUUGGCGGGUCGUGGUGGAGGAGCAGGUGAACAAUUUUCUGACCUCAUACUGGCGGGAUGAUGACUUUGUGCCACGCUAUUGUGAGCACUUUCACAAUCUGCAGAAGUCGAGCUCUGAGCUGUUUGGGCCUCGGGCAGCCUUCUUGCUGGCACUGCAGAAUGGCUGUGCCGGUGCUUUGCUGAAGCUCCCUUUUCUCCAAGCUGCCCACGUGAGUGAGCAGUUUGCCCGGCAUAUUGACCAGCGGAUCCAGGGAAGCCGGAUUGGGGGAGCCCGAGGGAUGGAGAUGCUGGCGCAGCUGCAGCGAUGUCUGGAAACCGUUCUGAUUUUCUCUGGCCUGGAAAUAGCCACCACCUUCGAGCAUUACUACCAACACUACAUGGCAGACCGUCUCCUGGGCGUGGGCUCGAGCUGGUUGGAGGGGGCCGUGCUGGAGCAGAUCGGUUCCUGCUUCCCCAACCGCCUCCCCCAGCAGAUGUUGCAGAGCCUGAGCACCUCUGAGGAGCUGCAGCGCCAGUUCCAUGUCUACCAGCUCCAGCGGCUCGAUCAGGAACUCCUGAAGCUGGAAGACACAGAGAAGAAAAUACAGGUGGGCCAUGAGGCUAGUGGCAAAGAGUACAAGAGCGAGAAGAAAGAGGAAGCUGGAGCGGCUGCAGCAGCAGACAUGGUGGAGGGAGAGGAGGAGGAUGAGGACCUCUACUAUGAAGGGGCGAUGCCAGAGAUAUCUGUGCUCGUCCUGUCCCCGCGCUGCUGGCCUGUUGCCUCUAUCUCCCACACGCUGAACCCCAGAACCUGCCUGCCCUCCUACCUGAGGGGCACUUUGAACCGAUACUCCAACUUCUACAACAAAAGUCAGAGCCAUCCUAUCCUAGAGCAAGGCCCACAAAGGCGGCUGCAGUGGACAUGGCUGGGCCGGGCUGAGCUGCAAUUUGGGGACCAGACCCUGCAUGUGUCCACCAUACAGAUGUGGUUGUUGCUGUAUCUCAAUGAUCUGAAGAUGGUCUCUGUAGAGAGUCUGCUGGCACUCUCGGGGCUCUCUCCAGAUGUGCUGAAUCAGGCGAUUGGGCCUCUCACCUCUUCAAGAGGUCCCUUGGACCUUCAUGAGCAAAAGGAUGUACCAGCAGUAUUUAUGUCAGGGUUUCUCAAGGUUCGAGAUGGCAGUGAGGAACCUAGGCCAAGGAGAGGAAACGUGUGGCUCAUCCCACCUCAGACAUACCUGAAAGCUGAGGAUGAAGAAGGCCGGAACUUGGAGAAGAGACGGAAUCUUCUGAACUGCCUCAUUGUCCGAAUCCUCAAGGCCCACGGGGAUGAAGGGCUGCACAUUGAUCAGCUUGUCUGUCUGGUGCUGGAGGCAUGGAAGAAAGGCCCUUGUCCCCCCAGGGGUUUGGUCAGCAGCCUUGGUAGGGGGUCUGUCUGCAGCAGCACUGAUGUCCUCUCGUGCAUCCUGCACCUCCUGAGCAAGGGCACGCUGAGACGCCAUGAUGACCGGCCCCAGACGCUGUCCUAUGCAGUCCCCGUGACUGUGAUGGAGCCUCACACUGAGUCCCUGAACCCAGGCUCCUCAGGCCCCAACCCACCCCUCACCUUCCACACCCUGCAGAUUCGCUCUCGGGGUGUGCCCUAUGCAUCCUGCACUGGCACUCAGAGCUUCUCUACCUUCCGGUAGUCCUGGAGAUGGGGUUGGGGUAGGUACAGCUGGGGCUUUCUACAGAAAUAAAAUGCAGGAGUUUGAUUACAUGA